UCUCUCCCUCUCUCUCUCUUAUUUUUUUAUUUAUUUUAUUUUUUUGGCCUUGUCCUGUGUGGUGGCUGCGAUUUUGGGCAAUUCAUAGCAGGAACUUGGAAAUGAUUCUAGUCUAAUGGACGUAGGCUACGGAUCCGCUACACUUUUAUGCUUUAUCCAGCCGAUUGGAAUGCAAGGACGAUGGUUUUUACCUGCUGUGUUUUUUUGCUGAAAUCCGUCGGGUUCAAACGCGCGUAGAAACCCUCGACUGACAAUCGGAGGACGCAUUUAAACGCGGAUUUCUUAUUUUAGGUGUGAUGAGACAAAGGAACAAAGGAUGCCUUAGAGGAGAGGUUGCCUAUAUGCCUGGAAACCUCUUCAAAGCACACCGCCAAAUGGAUCUAACGCCUCCCCCUGCCACCUCUAGAUCAUGAUACUUGGCUGAAGCUAUUCCGCUAUCUUUAUGAUCCCUCCUCCAUCUAUGGCGAACUAUAGCCAUGCAGGGGACCACACCAUCUUGCAAAAUGUCUCUCCUCUCGCCACGUUCCUCAAACUGACCUCUCUGGGUUUCAUCAUUGGAGUCGGUGUGGUUGGAAACCUCCUGAUCUCCAUCCUGCUGGUCAAAGACAAGAGCCUGCACCGGGCGCCCUACUAUUUUCUGUUGGACCUGUGCGCCUCUGACAUCCUGCGCUCCGCCAUCUGCUUCCCCUUUGUCUUCACCUCGGUCAAGAAUGGAUCUGCCUGGACCUAUGGCACGCUGACCUGCAAAGUGAUCGCCUUCCUGGGUGUGCUGUCCUGUUUCCACACGGCGUUUAUGCUGUUCUGUGUUAGCGUCACUCGCUACCUAGCAAUCGCACACCACCGUUUCUACACCAAGAGGCUGACCUUCUGGACUUGUCUAGCUGUCAUCUGCAUGGUGUGGACGUUAUCAGUGGCUAUGGCGUUCCCGCCGGUGUUAGACGUAGGGACGUACUCUUUUAUCCGGGAGGAGGACCAGUGCACGUUCCAGCAUCGUUCCUUCAGGGCAAAUGAUUCGCUGGGCUUCAUGCUCCUGCUGGCGCUCAUUCUCCUGGCCACACAGCUGGUUUACCUCAAGCUCAUCUUCUUUGUCCACGACCGUCGAAAGAUGAAGCCAGUCCAGUUCGUGCCUGCUGUCAGCCAGAACUGGACCUUCCACGGGCCAGGCGCCAGCGGGCAGGCGGCGGCCAACUGGCUGGCCGGAUUCGGUCGAGGCCCCACCCCGCCUACCUUGCUGGGCAUUCGGCAGAACAGCAACGCAGCGGGCCGCAGGCGUCUACUGGUGUUGGAUGAGUUCAAAACAGAGAAGAGGAUAAGUAGGAUGUUCUACAUCAUGACGUUUUUCUUCCUGGCACUGUGGGGGCCCUAUCUGGUCGCCUGCUACUGGCGGGUGUUUGCAAGGGGCCCUGUAGUCCCUGGGGGCUACCUGACGGCAGCCGUGUGGAUGAGCUUUGCCCAGGCUGGGGUAAAUCCUUUCAUCUGCAUCUUCUCCAACAGAGAGCUCCGGCGCUGCUUCAGCACCACACUCCUCUACUGCAGAAAAUCCAGGUUACCAAGGGAACCCUACUGCGUUAUAUGAAGGUUUCGCUGUGGUUUUUCUUUUUCUCGUCUAUGUCUCUAUUUCCCUGAUUGAUCUUGAUCUGGGCUUGUUCCCAUUGUACAGCGCACUCUCUCUUCUAUCUCUCUUCUCUUCAUCCUCCAGUUUUUCCUCCUGUUCCUCCUUCUCCUAACCCUUGUUUUUAGAGGUAGAAGGUGGACUGCCAAUCACAAAGGUUUUGCCGGGGUGAUUGACUAUGAAGUGGAUCAAACAUGGAGGCUGAAGGGAAUGGGAGUUCGCAGGAGGUCUGGAUCCCCUCCUGUGUUUAUGUUCUAGUAAACAGACAUGUGGAAGGCCAUGCCAAUGCAGAAAAGCAAAAAGUUGAAGAAGAACAAAAAAAUGAAAAAAGAAUUGACAAAACACUAAAAACAAACCCUCUUGCUUUGGAUUUUUUUGAAGAUGCGUUAUUCCGUGAGGUGUGAAAUACAUAAACAUGAAAAGAAAAAGAAACAAGAACAAAAAACAAAGAAAUGAUACCUCUCAAGCAAUCACUGGAAAUGUUUUACAUUUUAAGAGUUGCACUAAAAAGAAGAUGUAAAGAUGCUUUUUUUUUUGGUCAACAGUUGCCAAUUGAAUUGCAAGGACAACUUUUUUUGUUCUUUUUAUUCCAAACUUAACAAUGAAUGCUUUAAUUUGCAACAGACGACACAAUCGCUGUAAGUAAAGCAAAACUGUUGGAAUACACCAUCACAAGAGGAUAAAAUGGUUUUAAUGUAAGUGAUAUCUUUUUUCAUUUACCGGGCGGGGGCUUAACGCUUGGGAUUUACAAUGUGUGGUUUUGAAGUUGCAACUACAAACUAGAAAUUAUUUCUUGUAGUUUUAUGAUCCAUAUGUCCCUAGUGUACGGCAUUGUUAUUUUCUUAUCACCUUUUACAAAAAAAAAAGAGGAAAAAAGAUGAAAUGGUGUUUGGGUUUUGAAAAAAAAAGUUGCUUUUAAGAACAAACUUGUGCUUAAAAAAGACAUUGAAAAAGUAGUUAAAUGUUUCAUCAUAUCCAUGUACCUAAACACUAUCAUAUUGUUACCGUAUUGCUGAUGCCACUCCGGGUGUUCUUGCCUUAAUGGUUAUGAUAUUGUCAUGUUUCUUGGUUGUUGGGUUAUUUUUUAUUUCUUUCAUUCCCUCCUAAAAAGUUGUUCUUUAGAUGCAAGGGGAUUUUUUUUUUUUUCACAUCAAUGUGAAGUGCAUGUCCAUUUUUUAAAAAGCUGGUCCACUCCCAUGAGCAUCACAGGCCAUACACUGAGCAGCCCGUUUUUAUCCUGCAAUGGUUUGCUACUCCCCACAGAGUGCUGAGAGCACAGGGAGUGUGUGUGCACGCGCGUGUGUGUGUGUGUGUGUGUGUCAGUGGGUGCAUGUGUGUGCGUUUCAAAGCGUGCGUGCUGCUGUGUGGAUCAGACAACAGUCACUUCAAGACCAGAGCCUUAGUAUGAAAUCUUGCACAAUUUGUAAAAAAUGUAAAAGACAAAAAAACAGACAUUUAAGGCACACCGUCUUGUUUCUACUUUCCCUACAUUUGCUCUCUACUGAUUGUUUUCAAUGACUUACUUUUUUCUCUUGUGGCCAUUUUAAUAUUUAUUAUGUAUUCUUUUUUUGUAUAUUAUAGAUAGAUUGUGUGUAGGUAUGUGAGUCUUUUAUUUUGAAGUCCCGAAUGUGAGUACAGUUUCAGUUAGGAUUGCAUUUGCUGAAAGUUAACUGUGUAAUCUGUUGCUUUUUGAAAAUAAAAAGUUUCCAUUUUA